UGUUGAUCCGCCACCACGGCAGGAUUGCCCCACCAAGUUGCUUGGAUACAUCCUGCCCCUCAUUGCACUCUGUUCCAGCGAUUGAAAUCUUAUCCAACUAAACUUCACUUUUAUUAUAUCAUUCCUCGUAUCCAAAAUGCCUGCCGUCGAGACUAAGUUUGACCCCAAGGACAUGCAGUUCCGUCGCCUGGGACCCGCUGGGUUGAAGGUAUCGGUUCUGAGCCUUGGAGGUUGGUUGACGUACGGAGGAACCCAAAAAGGCUCCAUCGUGAAGGACUGCAUGCAAGAAGCAUGGAACCAUGGCAUCAACUUCUUUGACACUGCAGAAGUCUAUGCAGCUGGCGAGUGCGAACUUGAAAUGGGAAAGGCUUUCAAGGAGCUGCAAUGGCCGCGCGACGAAUAUGUCUUGUCCACAAAGGUCUUCUUUGGAACCCAGAGGAAGGAGCCGAACACUAGGGGUCUAUCCAAGAAGCACAUCGUCGAGGGCUUGAAGAGCUCGUUGAAGCGUCUUGAUCACUCUUACGUUGACGUUGUCUUUGCUCACCGCUACGAUCCUGACGUCGGGAUGAAGGAGAUUGUCGAAGCUUUCACCCAGACUAUUCAGAUGAACCUGGCAUACUACUGGGGAACUUCCGAGUGGUCUGCAGAGCAGAUCCAGGAGGCAUGUGACAUUGCCGAGAAGUACAACCUUAUCGCCCCUAUCGUCGAGCAGCCCCAGUACAACGCCUUCCACCGUGAGCGUUUCGAGAAGGAAUAUGCACCCUUGUACAAGAAGUACCAAUACGGAACGACCAUUUGGUCACCUUUGGCGUCAGGCAUGCUGACUGGUAAAUACAAUGAUGGUAUUCCUGAGGACUCUCGCUUCGCCACGAACCCCGAAUUCUUCAAGAACUCAAUCGAGGCGCUGAAGAGUGAAGAGGGACAGGCUAAGAUCAAGAAGGUCAAGGAGCUAACCAAGAUUGCGGAAAAGCUAGGAGGUUCCACUACUCAGCUUGCUCUUGCUUGGGCAGCCAAAAACCCGAAUGUGUCUACAGUCAUUCUUGGUGCGACGAAGCCCGAACAGGUCAAGGACAACUGUGGCGCUAUCAAGUUGCUCGACAAGUUGACACCGGAGCUCAUGGAGGAGAUUGAGAAGAUCCUCGACAACAAGCCGUAAGGUCCUCCGAUACGGCUGUAAGGCCUGGUCAAAGCCCGCAGCGUACCCAACCGAUCUAGAGUAGCUUAUGUAGUGUAAUGGAAGUUAAAUCGACAGCCUCAGUUGUGUCGAACGUAUUAG